AUGGAUAACUCUCAUCGUGGCGAUGAGUUUUUCGCCAACUCUGGAUUUGCCAACCCAAUGGGCUGGGGAAAGCGACCUGUCUUGUUGAUCAUCGAUGUGUGCAAGGCAUACUGGACAAAGCGUUCCCCGUUGAAUUUGUCAGCACAUCAGCCUUCUGCAACAGUGCCAGUAGUGAUUCAGAACCUUCUGACCGCCGCUCGUACUUCCGGCGUACCUGUGAUUUGGACUUGCGUUGAGUACAAGACCAUGACCGACGCAGGGCUGUUUUGGCUCAAGAGCAAGAGCCUGGAUGUUUGGCAAGUCAGUGACACGAGGGGCUUUGGCGACUGGAUGGAGGGCUUGGAGCCUCGCGAUGGAGAAUCAGUCAUCAAGAAAAAGUACCCGAGUGCUUUCUUUGGCACUACACUUGCUACAGACUUGGUGGUAAUGGGAGCGGAUACAGUGGUCAUCUGCGGAGUUGUUGGCACCGCGUGUGGGGAUCGGAGCGAGGAGAUUCAGAACUCCAAUCUUUUUGAUCUGAACGCCAAGUAUGCUGAUAUUUUCUUCAACUCCGAUAACCCGGUAGGGGAUCCAAGUGACAAAGGAACGACCAAGGAUACAUUAGAGUACUGGACCAGCCUAGCCAAGUUGGCAGAAAAGGGAAAAAUCAGCUUUAUUUUCCUUGCCGAUAGCUACAACACACACGACAUCUACGGUGGAUCCUAUGAUCCUAUGUUGCGUGCUGGCGCGCAUGUCGCUACCAUAGAUCCUUUCACCAUUGUGUCCGCCAUGGCUGCCGUUACCAAAACUGUUGGUUUUGGUCUUACGGCAAGUACCAGUUAUUUGACUCCUUACAUAUUGGCUCGUAACUUCUCUUCACUAGACCAUUUGACAAAUGGCCGUGUGGCAUGGAAUGUGGUUACCAGCUGGAGUUUGAGUGCCGCCCAGGCUCUGGGCCAUGACGAUGUGGUACCUCAUGACCAACGUUAUGACGUGGCUCAGGAGUACAUGGACUUGAUGUAUAAAUUUUGGGAGAGCUCCUGGGGACCUGAAUCGGUCAAGUGGGAUCGUGAAAGUCGCAUUGCUUUUGACCCGGCAGAAGUGAAAAAGAUUGAGCAUCAAGGAAAAUACUUCAAGGCAUCAACCAUAGGACCUAUGCACCCCUCACCCCAACGGACUCCUGUCAUAUUCCAGGCGGGCACGUCGAAAGCUGGACGAGAAUUCGCUGCGAAGCAUGCAGAGGCAAUCUACGUCGGUGGUCUUGUUCCUGCCCAGACCAAAGGCUCGAUUGCUGAUAUACGAGCUGCGGCUGCGGCACGUGGCAGAAACUCCCAGUCUUUGAAAUUCUUUGUUGGAAUAUCAUGUGUACUGGGUCGAACGCUUGAAGAGGCCCAGGAAAAAUAUGAAAGAGCAAAGGACAACGCUGACAUCAUUGGAGGACUCGCACAGUUCUCUGGUUAUACAGGCAUUGACCUUUCUCGUUUUCCAUUAGACGACGUCUUCGAGUUGAAGGAUGCCCCAGGCGAUGCUGCCGUUCACACGUUUUUGGAAAACUUCAACAAGGCGACCGGAAAUACAGAUCCUUGGACCCCUCGAAAACUUGGCGAGAAGAUGGCGCUCGGGGGGUUCCACCCGGUCCCUAUCGGAACCGCUGAAAUGGUGGCAGACGUCUUCGAACAAUGGGUCGACGAAGCGGAUGUUGAUGGAUUCAACAUUGCAUAUAUCAAUAGCCCAGGAAGUCAGGAAGAUAUCGUGGAGCUCCUGGUGCCCGAACUCAUCAAAAGAGGGUUGAUGUGGGAAAAGUACGAAGCUGAAGGCGGCUCGCUACGAGAGAAUCUCUACGGCGUGAAGGGGAUGAAGGAGUUACCGACGGAUCAUUACGGUCACAAAUUCAAGUAUGGCAGCAACUUCGAAGGCGACUCGAUCGAGGCACUGAAGAAGACAAGCCGUUCCCACGGUUUCUGCAUCCAGGUCAAGUGA